AUGGCUAGCGACAAUUUGCGGGUAAUCUCGUUGGACGAAAUUCAAAAGCACAAUAGUGAUCAGUCAUGCUGGAUCAUCCUUUCCGGAAAGGUUUACGAUGUCACGAAAUUCUUAAACGAGCAUCCAGGAGGCGAAGAAGUGAUCACUCAGCUCGGCGGCCAGGAUGCUACUGAAGCCUUUAACGACGUCGGUCAUUCCCGUGAUGCUUUAGAAAUGACUAAAGAAUACCUCAUCGGCACAAUCCCUGAAGAUGCGAAGCCUGCUGUGACUAAGCCUUCUGGUUCAUCCGCUGAUGCUGGCAAUUCUGGAAACUUUGUGGCUAAUUUCAAGGAAAUCAUGACGUCGCCGACAUGGACCAAUUUCCUUAUUCCGACAACAAUGGGCAUCAUGAAUCGAAUUUCUAGAUCUUUAGUCACCGGAUUGAGAAGAUUAAGUAAUGAAGUUCCGAAAAAUUCGAAGAAAAUCGACAAGAAUAAAAUAAUGGUGGAAAAGACGCCGAAAGGAGCUCUCGAUCAGGUGGAAGAGGUCUACGAGGAUCCGUUUUUGAAGAAACAUCCAAAUGGAAUCAACAAGGAAACUGGGGAAGUCGGAGGACCCGCUGGCCCAGAGCCAACUCGCUACGGAGAUUGGGAACGAAAGGGACGCGUGUCGGAUUUCUAA